CCAGACAAAAUACACCGCAGUUUGACCGAACUCAAACAAUGUGGAAGGUAAUCGCGAAUGCUGAGAAAAUCCGAUACAUAAUUACGAACCAUGCAACGGGACAGUAAGUCCGAUGACUGGGUUAAGCUUGUGUUGCGGCGGUUUCGAAGUCAGCUGCCAUUUGAAUCAUCCCGUUCCAAGCAAAAUCAUGAAAGCAGAGAACACAUCAAGAACUGUGUCAUCAGUCUUAGUGAACACAAUUUCAACAUGGUGGUUGCUGAACUUGCAUACUUCAUCAAGGAGCCACCUUUUCUGUGCUCCCUUUCAACAGAAAAGGUGACACUUGCUUCUCAGUCCAACAGUAUCACAAUAGAUACUAUGGCUCAAUGUUUUGAAAAGAAUCCAGACAAAUGUGCAGCCUUGCCUGAUGAGGUUCUAAAUAAACGUCUGCUUCCUGCAAUGUGCCAGUUCAUAACUCAGUCAAAUGGAUUUCCUUUGGAAGCUGAACAGAAAACCCUAGCUGGUAGAGUUCUGUCAUACAUCAGUGUUCAUCACUUCUCUGCUCUCUUUAAUCGCAUUGCAAUAAGGCUACAUGUUCUUGCAAACACUGAAGAUAACUCUGAUACUGGUGAUCUAGAGCUCAUUCGACAUUUACAUGUGAAUGUGUCUUCUCUCAAAAUUCUCUUGCAAGAGAGCAUUCAAGUAUUUAGAUCCUUGAAGAAGAUUGGUCAACUUGCAUUAGUAUCUGGAUUAGAAAAGGCAAUAUGGAACUGGGUUGAGAAUAGUCCAGAUGAGUUUGCACGGUUGCAAAGACAACCCUCCCCUGAACUUUCAGAGUAUGCAGAAAAGCUCUUUGAUCUGGUAGAUAAUUUUGCGGAGAGUUCCAAAAGGAAAGCUGCAGUAUGGCCACUUCAAAUAAUGCUGCUUAUUUUAUGCCCAAACAUGCUGGAACAGAUAGCUACAAGUGAAAAAGUGUUUGAUGUCAGCAAGGCCAACAAGAAAGAGUUUCUUGAUCACCUGAAGAAGGCGCUUACCAGCACUAAGCAUCUGACUGAGAGUGCAGCCGUAGUUUGCGUCAAACUCUGCAAGGUAGCAACUUACAUGAAACCUGAGGACAACUCUGUGCUCUGCUUCCUGGUUGUCACCAUGCUCAAUGAAUUAAAGGCAUUACUCUUCAAUGUAAGCAAGCCAUUCUCUUUAGGAUCUGGCAGCUUUUUCACAACAGAGCAGCUAAUGGUUGAUUGCUUUGUGUCAAGUUUCCGAAUCAACUACAGAAACAACCAGCAUUUUGACAUCUGCCUCCAGCCAAACUCUCCCAUCAUCUACCAUUUUGUCUAUGUGAAAGGAACUUAUGCCAUUGUGAAAGAGACUCCUCUGAGUUGGUGGCCUAGGGCUGAAGUACUUCAUCCUAAAGCCCAAGCUCUCAGACAUAUCUUCUUGGUAUCCAUUGCUAACAAAAUCACUAUAGAUUUAACUACUGCAUGCCAAUUUUUUUCAUUCAGUUCACAUGUGAUGGUGUCUAUUGCUGAGUUUCUCAUUGGUCAUGGCAGCCAUGGAACAGUCCUGUUAAGAUACUUGAGGGAUCUGACUCUGAGCAAAAAUGAGUUUCUGAGGAAACAUAAGGAGCAAGCUUCCAUAGGUUGUCACAUACCAAUCUGUACAGUUUCUCAAACUAAACUUGAGGAAGUAUUUUUAACUUAUUUAUGGAAUCCAGAUAUGGAAACAGUGUUGAUAUCUCUCGCCUGCUUUGGCCAAAUGUGCAAUGAAGCAGACAUUGUCCAGAGUUCAGAGACUCUUAAUGUACUUCAAAUCUCCCAAAACUUGAAUGUGUACAAUGAGCUGUCAAAUGAGGCCACCAAAUUCACAGCUGGUCGAGCAGCACUACAAAAACGCAUCAUGGCUUUGUUAAGGCAGCUUGACCGACAAACAGCAGGAAACAUUCAGGCCUGGGAAAGUACUUACUCAAAAUGGCAGAGGUUAACCUUUGACCUUGUGCACUUUGCUAAAGAAGACUCCUCUUCGAUAGAUGUGCAAAAAUAUUUGAGGCGGAGAUCGGGAUCAAAAAUCACCACUGAAAAUAUGCAGGCAUCUUUAAAUGAAUGGACAUACAUGACAGGGUUUCUUUGUUCAUUAGGAGGAGUGUGUUUGACCUCAUUACAAACAAUCAGAAGAUACAGCCGGAGUCUCCCUUCAUCUGUGCACUCCACAACUGAACAACACAAUACUGAAUGUGCUACAGUAACAAAGUUUAUGCAAGACUUAUUGAGUCUUCUAGUUUGCAGUAAUGAAAAAACAGGUUUACAGAUACGCAGCACAGUAAAUGAGUUGGUUGGUGUUGAGCUCAGUCCAAAACUUUACCCCAUUCUGCUGACGCAGAUUAUGAUAGUGGUCAACAGUUUCUUCACACCUUCUGGCCAGGCGGUUAUUCAAGACAAGCACACUCUCUUCAUUGAACAGAUUAUUGUGAUAAUUAAGCACAUCUUGGAAAAGAAACUUGGACGCAAAGAUUACUUUCAGAUGAGUGGUAUUGAUGCGAUGAUUUUGUCAUUUGUAAGGUAUGCAAGAAACCUUCCAGUCAGCCGCCAGUCCCUGCAGAUUAAAUGUAAACUCUGCCAACUAAUUGACGUGGUUAUGGCAAAAAGAGAUGAGUUGUUACUUCACCAAGAAGUGAAGCUAAGAAACAAGCUGGUCGAAUACCUGACUGACUGGGUUCUUCCAUCUGCCGAACACCAUCAGGCUGAGGGGAUCCCUGCGGAGCUCUCUGUCUUGUCCAAAGACCUCGAUGCCACUGUCAUGCGUGCAAUAGCUUCACUACUGUCAGGUUUACCCCUGCAACCUGAAGGAACGGAGACAGACAUUGUGGAGGCCAAGUCACAACUCUUUCUCAAGUACUUCACUCUAUUCAUGAACUUGAUGAACAGAGAGAAGGGUACAAUAACAGCUGAACAGCGGGAGGACAAAGGUGACGUAAAUCACAGCGCAUCUCAAACACUGCAUCAAAACACCGUCCAGGCCAUGUCCAAUCUGCUGAAUGCUAAUAUUGAUACUGGGCUCAUGUAUGCAAUAGGCCUUGGUUACCAUGACGAUUUGCAGACAAGAACUGUGUUUAUGGAGGUGCUUACAAGGAUUCUUCAACAGGGCACUGAAUUCGACAAUUUGGCAGACACGGUGUUGAUGGACAGAUUUGAUCGACUGGUGGAUUUGCUGACUCUAACAGGAGAAAAGGGCAAGCUCCCUAUUGUCAUGGCCUUGGCUAGUGUGGUACCAGCACAACAGAUGGAUGAACUGGCUCAUGUUCUGGUCACGCUGUUUGAUGACAGGCAGAUUCUACCGCAGUUGCUGAAUAACCUGUUCGCUAUGGAGGUGUACAGCACAGAGGGGAUGCAGACACUUUUCAGAGGAAACAGCCUCUCAAGUAAAACCAUGGCGUACUGUUUUAAGGCAUUUGGUGGUAAUUACCUUCACACACUGUUAGCACCACUCAUAGCUCCGAUGUACAAAGAACGGAUCUCAUUUGAAGUCGAUCCCACGAGGCUUGAAAAAGGCCAAAAUGUGGAAGAGAACAGGAAUAAUCUGAUUAAAGCGGCACAGAAAUUCAUCAAUGAGAUUGUCAUUUCUGCUGAGAGCUUCCCCAUUCAACUGCGAAGUCUGUGCAACUGUCUACGGGAGACUGUUCAUCAGAGAUUUCCUAAGCAUAGCUUAGAAGCAGUGGGCAGUGCGUUCUUUCUGAGGUUCAUCAACCCAGCAAUAACGUCACCACAUGCAACUGGAAUUAUUGACCAGGUUCCUUCAGAAGAGCUGGGAAGAGGACUUAUGUUAUUGUCAAAGGUUCUUCAGAAUUUGGCCAAUCAUGUGCUGUUUACUAAAGAGAAACACAUGGAACCGUUUAACGGUUUCCUUCAAGCAAACUUUGAUAAGGCGAGAAAAUUUUUCAGUGUCAUCUCGUCAAAGUGUCCCUGCAAGAGAGACGAGGACAGUACUAGUUACUCUUUCAUUAGUGACAGCAGCGUGUUAAGUCUUCAUAAACUCUUAUGGGAUCACCAAGAAAAGAUCGGCACUUAUCUGGCUACGAAAAGUGAAUUCAAGACGUUUGGUAGAAGACCGUUUGAGAAAAUGUCGACUCUUCUAGCUCAUCUCGGACCACCUGAUCAGCAGAAAAAUCAUUUUUCACACGUACGGUGGCAAGAUGGCGCACGGUUUGAGGAAUUCAUGGCACGACACGCUGAAGAGAGUCGCGACGAUUUGCAGGCCAUGAAAGCUUUAAAUGUGUUUUAUCAAGGUGGAAAAUCCAAAGGAGGACAUCCAGUGUUUUACUACAUUGCCAGACGAUUCAGGGGUGACCAAAUAAGCGAUGAACUUCUUAUUUAUCACGCCUUGCUUACACUAGAAAGCUGCAUCGACAGGCCUUGGGAAUUAGUGGUCGACUUUACCCAUACGACAUUGGAAAACCGAUUUAGUCCAAGUACAGUUUUAAAGCUCUUGACAGUUGUCCCUGACGGUGCAGUGAAGAAUCUCAUGGCAGCGUACAUGUACAACUGUAGUAGUACGCUGAGGCAGUAUGCCAAGUACAACGAGCGCCACUUGUCUCCACUCAAGGGCCGUUCUGUGGUUCGAGUUUGUGAGUCAUUAAGUAAACUGCAUGAAUAUGUCAGUCCAAGUGAACUCAAGCUACCAAGCUCCACUGUGUCCCUGGAGGAAGACUUGAAGGUUUUUCCCGCUUUUCGGGUGUCAACGAGAAGUAGCGUUUUAGUCAAGGUUGGACCUACGUCAGUUCAGAUCACCACUCCAGAAAGGCAUAGAGUGUUGGGUUAUUCUAGCAUUCUAAAUGACGUGUAUUAUGCUUCCGAAGUUAAAGGGGCCACAGUUGAAGACGAGAACCUCUGUCUGCUUAAGCUUGCAAAUGUCGGUCCAGGCAUUCUACUCAUGAGCAAUGACUGCGAGCAGAUUGUACAGGCUGUCACGCAUGUCAAGACCAGGUGGCAGCUGUCACAACCUGAUUCAUCCACAGCCACAAGCAAAAAGAUCAAACCUAAAGAUGUCCCUGGGACGUUACUCAACAUGGCGCUGUUGAAUCUUGGUACUUCAGAUCCCAGUCUUCGCCUGGCUGCUUACAAUCUUCUGUGUUCAGUGACAAAGUCGUUUAACCUGAAAAUCGAGGAACGACUUUUAGAAGGAACAGGUUUGUGCAUUCCUACAAACAACACACUGUUUAUUGUUGGCAUCAGCGAGAAACUUGCUGCUAGAGAACCCCAGCUUACACUUGAGUUCUUAGAGGAAUGUAUUGCAGGUUUUGUAAAAUCAGAUUAUGAACUCAAGCAUUUGUGUUUGGAGUACAUGGCGCCUUGGCUACCAAAUUUAGCAAGGUUUUGCAGGUUUCCUGCCGAUGAUCCACAGAAAGUGAAAAUGACGCGUAUUCUUGAAGAACUUAUCAACCUGACUGUGAAAGAAAAAGGGACAAUGUAUCCAUCAGUUCAAGCAACAAUCUGGGGCAAUGUGGGAAAAGUGACCGAGUUAUUGGACACAGUUCUUGACUGCUUCAUAAAGGCCAGUGCUACAGGUGGUCUUGGAUCUGUAAAGGCAGAAGUUAUGGCCGACACUGCCGUGGCUUUGGCGUCAGCUAACGUGCAAGUUGUCUCACGUAAGGUCAUCGGAAGGCUGGACUCGCUCAUCAGCAAGACCUUUAUUUCUCCAACUCUUCGCCUUGAACAGCACCUCAUGUGGGACGACAUUGCUAUCCUCACAAGAUAUCUUCUUAUGCUUUCCUUCAACGAUUGCCUCGAUGUUGCCAGUCACAUACCGUACCUGUUUCAUCUCGUCACUCUUCUCGUCUCGACUGGUCCACCAACCAUCCGCGCCUCAAUCCAUGGACUGGUUAUCAACAUUAUCCACUCGCUCUGUACCUGCUCUUGUAUCAAGUUCAGUGAUGAAACUCAUAAACUUCUUCGUAUGCGGCUGGCGGAACUCUCGUCGCCCAAGUUUUAUCUUCUCUUUGGCAUCUCCAAGGUAAAAACGCCAGCUGUUAAGGCUUUCAAAGCGACCUACCAAGGAAGGUACACACUGAGGGACUGUGAAGGAGAGCCACUGAGCAUGACAGCAAUGGAAACAAUCACUGACUUACUGCUGGAAAUAAUGGAGAGUUGCAUGAAGGACUUGCCAGAAUGCACAUGGCUCAAAAAGUGGACAGAAUUAGCGUCAAAUUUUGCUUUUGAGUUCAACCCUGCACUCCAGCCUCGCUCCAUAGUAGUUCUUGGCUGUAUCUGCAAAGAAGCGGACGAUAGACUGGUACAGAAAGUCUUAAACGUGUUGAUUAUGGCUCUUAGCUCGUACAAUGACCUUGUUUUGGUGGAAGCUGCGUUCAUGUGCCUGUCAAGACUUCAGGUGAUUCUCAACAAGGAUUCCAAGUUUCACAAGGCAUUUUUCUGGAUUGCUGUUGCAGUGCUUCAGUUGUCAGAGGUCUCUCUUUAUCCUUGUGGCCUGGCGCUGGUGGAGCAGAGCCUCAUAACACUUGAAACACAUGGCGCCUUCGAAUCUGAGCCAGUGGACAAAGUUCUCAUGGCAGUUCGUGAAGAACCUCUGCUAGAGUUUCACUGUAAACAAAUGGAUCAUUUUGUCGGUCUUCAAUUUUCGCAGAACUUCCACUUUGCGUUGAUGGUGCAUCUAGUCAAAGGAGUAUAUCAUUCCCAGGCCACCUCGUCCGCACGAGCCAUUCGUAUCCUGAACUUGAUGCAUAACAUCACAAGCAAGCGUAAGACAGGCCGUGGUUCCUUUGUGGUCAACCAAGACAACCUUGCAUACUUGGCUGCGUUAUUGCCUGUGUGUGAGGAGGUCCGCUCCAAUCUACGCCCAGGCGACAAAAAGGAACCUGACAGCCCAACCCUACCCUACCCAGAAAGACUGGACAGCACCAUCGCCGGAAGUUCAACCUCGUUGAAUACGGAGCACCAAGUGUCCAUCGUAAUUACCACUGAUGACAACCCUGGUGACCAGGCCUUUGCGUGGCCCUCGGAAUGUCAGAACAUGUUGUUGGACCCAGGGAUAGUGAACGAUACUCAGACCCAGGCCCUGCUAUUGACGACACUGGCAAUCUUAUUGGAGCACAUCACUGGGGAUGUGGAGUCGCGGUAUUUGUACGAAGUUCUCGCUGAAGCCAGCUUGGUGUUCCCAGGGGUGUUCCCUGUUAUUUAUAAUCUGUUGGACUCUGAUCUGUCCAUUGUGCUCGGUCAUUCGGAUGAUGUGGCCACAUUGAAAGCUAUACAGACCAUAGUGCACUCCAUGAGUGCUGUCAAACAAACUAAAGAUCCUGUGCUCAAGUCCAGUUAUCUCUCAACGUUCGGAUUUUCUGGAUUCAGUCAUUUUACAAAGUUCAAGGAACAAAGAGGUCACGCCAACCGAGCGCAACUUUUUGUGAAGUUCUUGGAAGCAAUUGUGGAAGUGUACGGUGUACCCAUGACGGAGCAAAAAACUCAACGCUCAGGGUCCGUCGCUUCCAUCAAACCACUGGCUCACAGCUCGAGUACCGAGGACGUAAGAGUGGGGUCGUCAUCUACUUCGCUGUCUUCUUCCCUUACUUCUUUAGCUGGCGCGGUUGCUGGAAAGAACCUUUUCAUUCCACUGCCGUUUAAGCGCGCGAGCUCGUCUUACCGGCCAAAAAAGAGCGAGAAAGAAUCGUCGCCAAAAUUCCGACGGAACUGGUCAGCGAGAGGGACAAGGAGUACCUCGGCUGGAAAAAUUGUGAAGCCGUAGCCGGGGAAUGAUGAAAGCCUCAUUUCUCCCAAGGGUAUCACCAUCAAGUCAAGAUAUCGGGGCGCAAGGAUGAACUGAAUGACCACCGUGAAGAGUUUGUCUCGAUACAUUCCAAGUUCUCACUACUGGUAUUAUGUGUAACAUGCGGAGGCAAGUUGGGAGACGUUAUAUAUUGAUGUCAGGGCUUUAAGGAUGAAGGACCUUAAAGCGAAGAGCAUGUAAAGAGGAGAACUCAAACGAACAGGAGUAUUGGCCCAGGUCGACCAUCGGUUAUGACGUCUACAGACUUCUUAAUAUCCCCCGAACCUGGGCUUGAAUGAUUACUACAAUAUCUAGGACGUGUAUAAGAUUAAAUCCAGACCCAAGGUGAAAUUAUACGUGCACGCCGACCACUGAACGCCGAGAAUUAAACUCGAUUGAAGCAGAUCAGAAAAUAAGGAUCUAAAACACGAUCAUCCUAAUUCUUUGCGCGUCGGAUUUUCCAGUGUUGUCCCAACAAUUCUGAUUAGGUUAAGGGCCCCUACAUGCACACCCUGCAUGAGUGAUGUUUUACGGAACAUAAAUAAUUCACUUUUUUAUUGACUCCGACGUGCUUUUGGGUUGUGCACAAUCACCACUCGAGCUCGACAUAUCUUAACUAUAUUAUUCAAUGAGCUACACGUCACACCCAUCUACUUCGCAGUGCUUCACAGACCUUGUUUCUUGCAGACCCUCGUUCGAUUGCUCAAAUUAUACUGCACGACUUUCGUGUCAAGAAAGGUUAAUUCUAGCACUCCAUCAAGUUUGCUGCAGUUUAAACACUGUUUUUAGCCUGGCUCGAAAACUAACAGAGGACACACCUCAGUAAGAGAGCUUUGCACUUCUUAUGAAAGGGUCAAUAUAUCCUCACCAUAAUGUUGAAUUGUCCAUAUAUGGAUAUCGCAGAUUUUUGUAUAAUAAUCGCCGGUGUAAAUAGGAAUUUUCGUCAUUAAAUUAGAAUUACCAACCCGAGGUGGGCGUGGGUUUGGGACAGAGAAUAAUGAUAUGAGAAUAGAACUAAUUUAGAAUUUUAAUUUUUUAAUGAAAGUUGUAAAUAAUGAAAGUGGUAUUGUAUAAGAUAUAUUUUACAUUUUAUAAGCAGAUUCGUUUAUUGGUCACGAGUCCUUCAGGCGAGGAAAAGAUAAAUGUACCCCAAACGCGUCUAAUUUCAAGCGAAAAAAUGACCAGAGUUUCCUCUGUUUACGGUCAACAUCUUCAGAAUGACGUUUACGGCAAUCAGCAAGACAUAACUUGCCUCCGAUUUAGAUGUAAUACAUCAAACACGAAAGGCCGUGUCUGACCACAUUUCCGAACAACGAGAAGAGAGUUGAGAAUCCAACGCG